AUGCUGGGGCUGUCGCAGUUGAACCAUACAGUGCAAGUGCUCGACGCGAUAUCGCGCCAGUUCUAUCUCUCUACUCCACAAGGACCCAAGAACUUUGAAGAGUACUGUAGCGGCUUCUGCUUGCUCAAUGAGCCUGUUCGUCACUUUUAUGUCAGUUCAAGUGUGAAAAUAACAAUAAAAAGGUUCUUUUCAGAACGGCAUGCUGAUAUCUGGACAGCACGGGAAUACAGACAGCCACCAUUUGGAUCUGGGUUAUCCUGUGACAACAGUUUUAGGCACGAAGCUUUUCAUGGACCCGAACUUCUUUGGAGUCAAAGUUUUCGUCAACGAUUCAACUACUGACUCCAACGGAAAAAUCGUUUCAGCCGCCGAGAACUCAGCGUUCCACGAAGAUAUGGUAUCAAACACCGCGCGGCUGGAAUGACUUAUCAAUUUCUAGAAACAAGCACAAAACAACAUUCGGGAGUUGAGUCUGGUGGUGCUGCACUUCCGCGCCGAGCUAAGCGACGACGUCAGAGCUGCUGACAUCAGGGACUACGAGCGAAGGAUUGUCGACCACUUCCAUGAGUAUAUCCAAGUGAAAAAGAACUGAGAUAUUCUGAAUACUCAGGAACUUCACGUCUCCGUUCAUCGACGUCUACAUCUUGACCGACUCCUACAUAACCGAGGAAAUCGUCCGUGCUGGAUUGAGUCUUCUGCCGUUUUUGGUCGUCGGCUUCACUAUUAUGGCCGUCUUCUCGAGCUGCACUUUCCUCAUGAGCGCUUUAGUCCUGCAGCAGCUCAGUUUUUGCAAGGUUUCGAACAGAAAACUCUAGAAAUUAGACAGAAAUUUGCAGAUCGUGUUGGCAGUGAUGGCAUGCGUCUGUCCCUUUAUGGCCUGCGGUUUCACUCUUGGAGGUUUCUUUUUUUUUUGCCUUCAAUUCGUGUUCGGAAUAGGUUUGUAAUAAUGAGAAGACCGGAGUAAAAAUGUCUGAACUGAGAAAUUUGAAGCUUUUAUUAGCUUAGAAAAAGAGAUAUUUUUACAUACUUUUGGAGGUAUGUUCUUCGCUGGUUUCCGGUUUGGUUCGAUCCUUUGCGUGACGCCUUUUUUGGUGCUCGCGAUUGGGGUCGACGACGCCUACUUGAUGGUCAACGCUUGGCAGAGGAUUACAGCGCAUAGAAGGUGUCUUUCGACUAUUAUCAAAAGGAGUGAAAAGUUUCAGAAAAACAAAAAUCCUGGAUGUGGAUGCUGAACUACGUCUCAGAAUAACGGAGAUGCUCAUCGAGACGGGUCCGUCGGUCAGUUUUUUCUCAUUUCUCUUUUUUUUGAAUUUCAAAAAAGCAUAUUGGAGUUUCGCGCCUUUACAAUUUUAUUUUUGAAAAUUCCCGUCUGAAAUAUUUUUCUCAGAUCACAAUAACCACUGUCACAAACGUUUUGGCGUUUGGAAUAGGCGCGACGACCCCGGCGGCGGAAAUCCAACUUUUCAGCAUUGGAAACGCUCUCGCCGUUGUCGUGGACUUCGUUUUCACCGUAAUAGAUAUCAUCCCUAGCAGAAAGGAACAAAUGAGCUCCAGGUGACAAUCUACGGAGCACUGAUGGUGAUCGUCGGGAAGUACGAGGUGGACAGAGAAGCAAAAACGUGGAGCGACAACCUCAGCGUCGGUUUUAACAACAGAAACCUGAGGAAUGUCGAGAAGCCAGUUGGAGAUUCGUCUUCUGUUGAGGAGGCCCAUGGCUCUGUCAGUCGGUCGGUUUCACAAAGAAAAUAAAAUCAUCUUCCCAAAUUUUCAGAAUAAUUGAAGUAUACUGUAAUUCACUGUGCAAUAAAUGGGUCACAUCCGUUGUUCUGGGCUUGCUAGCAGCGUAUUGGUAGGUCACAUUUCCGAGGAAAAAAAAGCAUGUUUUUUCAGGUACAUCAGCAUAGUCGGGACAAUGGCUAUCAAAGCCGAAUUGAGCCCGGAUAAACUUUUUUUGAAGGAUUCCAAUAUAGUCAAGGUAUGAAAAAACGCGAGUGUUAUUACAUUUUUGAAAAAUCAGUCAGAUUAACAAUUCUGGUUAUGAAAAAAGCCGGAGAACGCUGUGUUUGGAAAAAUUAUUUUGUCAAGAAUUGUCUUAUUGUUUUUCUAGCUUUUAUUCGAAAAUUCUUGAGGUAUUCGCUCAGCGGAAAAUGCACAUAAUUCCCUACUACUCGGCUUGCUGGAUUUUGGUCGAAAACCCUGGUGACGUGAGAGACAAAAGUCAGAGGGAAAAGCUUGAAAAAUUGGUAGUGUUGACUUUGAAAAAAGUUCCCAUUAAUUAAUCUAGGCACAAGCGUUUGAGAGCUUGCCGUCAUCCAAUGGACGGUACUCUACAAAGUUUUGGCUUAGAGAUUACGAAGACUUUUUGCGUCAAAGCGAAGAUGUGGACCUGCCUGAAGAAGAAGACGAAGACGCUAGAGCCAUCGAGUUCACGCACAACGGAAGGUUUUUUUUUUUGGCGAGACGUUCCGAAAAAGCUUUUACAGCGUGGCUAUCACUCCUUCGACGCUCGAGAAAGGGAACGAACUGAAACAGUUCCUCGAAUGGCCGGAGUUUUCCUUCUGGCGGGGUUUCAUUCAGUUCGAUGUGAGCGAGAAUGAGUAAGUCCUUUCUUAUAAAUUUAACCAAAUAAUGGAGAUCCAGACAAGAAUAUCGCUUGAAGCGGUUCUUCCUCACGACGGCUUUUCACGGCCAAGACCUUGUGGACUGGUCGAAUCGAGCAAAGUUGCUCGAUGAGUGGAGAUCAGUUGCUGAACAGGUACUCAAUUGAGUGAGAGAUUCAAAAGGAUAUCCGAUCCUUGUUCCAGUUCUCUUCGCUCAAUGUGUCGAUUUACGAAGAAGAUGCCAAGUUCCUCGACUUGAUCGGAUCGAUGGUUUCCGUCGCGACACAGUCCGCCCUGUGGACCUUCGUCUGCAUGUUCGUCGUUGCCGCGCUCUUCAUUUCCCAUCCGCCAACUCUUUUUGUGGCCACCUUCUCCAUCCUCAGUACCAGCAUUGGUGAGCACAAGACAAAAAGCUCCAAAAAAGAGCCAGCGAAAACAUUUGCGGUUUGACCAGCUCAGUAAUGCGAAAGAUUUUUUGGAAGCUUCUUCAUGAAAUUAUUUUUAAUGUGUUGCUGCGAUACUUUUCUCAUACUCCAGACAAAGUGAAGGUUCGAUUUUUUGAAACACUAAAUAUUAAUUUGAUCGUAAGAAAAUAAAUACGUCGAAACCAAGAAUUGUGAAGGUGGAGCUCAAAAAAUAGAUUGCAAUUCUUCCAAUGACUCGGACCUCGGAAACCCAUACCUGACGCGCCCCGGACGUUUCUGAGCGUUUCUAGGGACCACUUUAGCGGCAUCAGCACUCUUGAGUCAUUUCUAGAAUUGCUCAGAAUCGUUCAGUUUGCGUUACAGAGGUCUGUAGGUUGGCAAAUUCUUCGCUGGCUCAUUCUUUGGAGUUGUUCUGUCAUCUAUCUGAAUUUGGCUCGACUUACUUUUUUUCUCCUUUUGAAACUGAACUCUCAGGUGUUUUCGGAGUCAUGUCUUGGUGGGGAGCCGAUUUAGACCCUAUCAUGAUGUCUGCGACGGUCAUGAGCAUCGGUUUCUCCGUUGACAUUCCAUCUCAUAUCAGUUAUCAUUAUUAUCAGACAGGUGAACUAUCAAAUUUCGCUCCCAUUUUAUUGGAAAACGAGACACAAACGGUCGACGAAAAAGAAAUAAAACUGUCGAACAUUCUCAUUUUUCAGGUAAAUCGAGUACUGACAUUCGAAAAAGGCUAGAGAUGACUAUUCAAUCCGUUGGCUUUCCUAUUUUGGAAGCGUCUUUGUCGACUUCACUUUGCGUAACUUCCCUGUUCUUUGUCGACCUGAACAUGGCGCAGGUUAUUAUUUUUUUUUUUUGACGAUAGUUCAUUUCUAAUAAGAAGCGGAAAAUGUAAAAUAUUUUCAGUUGAAUUUUAUAUUGCAGUAAAUGGAAUCAAAAGAUGGGUUGGAAGGGAAAAAAGAGGUUUGAAGUCUACAUUAAGACUUGGACUUUAGAAAGUUUCCCUACCAUGGUACUGGUAUACCAGUAAGGUCGAACUGGAUUCCAGCUUCUGUUCAAUUGAAAGAGCCACGGAUAAUUCUUUUGAAGGUGUUCGCCAAGUGCAUGUUGUUGGUGGUGCUGAUCGGUCUGGCGCACGGGAUGCUCGUCAUGCCCGUUCUGUUCUCUCUUCUCGCCGCCGUCCCCAGGAGACUUUCUCGACAUCCCAACGUCGCAGCUGCUCCUGUCUUCUGA